AGCGCCCGUCAUGAGCCUGCUUUGUUUGGAGCGUCUCCCGAGAGCGACGGACCGGGAAGAGCACCACAGCCCUCUUACCAAGCCAACCAGCGUCUCGCACCUGCUCAUACGACACCAGGGCCGCUGGCGUGGGGGACUCCUUCGCGCAUGCGCCUUGACAAUCCGCUCGCCUUCCCAGGCGCAGCAGCGCGUUGCUUCAGCGGCGUCGCGUUUCGCGCCUGCGCGGUGUCCCCGCGGGAAAGUUUAACGGCUUACAACGUUGAGGUUCACACAACGCGGGCAACCGAGGACGACACGUAGAAUUGACAGGAGAGGGAGGGAAACCAGCCAGCCAUCCGGUGAGCCCCGGAGCGGGAGGGCCGCUGGCGUGUAGCCGCCUUGUGGCAGCCCUGCCACGGUGGAGAACUGCGGGGAGAUAAGUGCCAAACAAGAAGAGGUGCGACAGCGAGGAUGCCUAAAGAUCAGCAAAAACAUUCCAGCACAAAAAAGAGAUCAGGUGAAAGGCGAAGAAAGAAGAACCUGGAGAGAAAACAAGGCGCUCAAGCAAUCCAGAAGAAAGAAAUGCAGCAGAGAACACAGUCUCCUGAAGCAGAAACAACUUAUCUGUCCUCAAAUGUAGUGAAGGUGACUCCAAGUCAAAGAGCAAAAUGGCAGCCGCUCCCAAAGAGUACAAGAGAGCACCUGGAAUCCAUGAUGCAUUGGUUAAUAAUAUCUCUUCUGUAUGAAGCUACACGGAAUCGCAAUGAAAUUGAAAAGCACUUAAAUAUCCUCAAGAAAAGACUUAUGAAACAUUUUGAGACUCUGAGAGUUCCUAUGGAGAAGCUGAGCAGACUGAAGAAUGUGCAUAAGAUGCUGGCAGAGGAAAAGAAAAAGUCUGUUUCCCUUGAAGACGGUUUGGCAGAACUGCAGGAUGAAAUAGACAAAGUUUUGCCAGCAGCAGAACUCCGAGAUGAAAAUAUUCAUAGUCUCCAGAACAAAGUGCAGGAAUUAAAAAGGGAGCUGGCAGCAGAGGAAGCAGCAGCAAGUGAGUUAUUCCAGACAGAUGGCAAUGAUGGUCUUGCUCUUCCUGAUAUCUCACAGUACCAAUUAAAAGCACCCAUUCUUCAGGAUGAGCUUUUGAAGACAGGAAACCAAGAAGGUCUCCUUAAUGACUUGAACACCAUCCAAGAAUCAGAAGAAAUGAAGACUAUGUUGGCUUUUCUAGAGCAGGCGUAUGAAAACGUGGAUUUCUGAAGAAAGUCAGCUGAAGAGCAGUGUUUACUGAAGAAAAAAGACAUAAGCCCUAUUUCUUGGUGCUUUCAUCUUCCAUUGAUAUUUUGUUUUCAAAACGUGGUGGUGCUCUGUCUUUGGGAAAGUGCUGGAAUGUAAUCUGCAAUGUCUUAUGUGGAGACUUUUUAAACAAAUGAAUUCAGACAUCUUAAAUUAACCACCCUGUAUCUGAAUGAAUAAAUGAAUGUAGAUAUAUUCUGAAUACAUAUUCUUUUUAUCAGUGACAUUUUGCCUGCAUCAUAAUAGUUUCUUCUUUUAUUGCAGUAAGCUUGAUAGCUGAAUGCAGUAUUCUGCAGUUCUAAUAGUACAAAGAUGUUGAGACCAGUUUCCCAUAGAAUAACUGUGUUUAUAGUGUAACAAUGUUCUUGCUUUCAUAAACUUUUUAUUUUUCCAGAGAACAAACAGCAUAAAUAUAGAUAUGUUGAUUGCUAUGCCUAGCUCCUUGAGGCUGCAGUUCACAUCAUAUUACCUAAUCUGACAUUUUUAUGCUUAAAAGUCUUUUUUGUGGCCCAGACAUAUUGUUCAAGUAUUUAGCUGCCAAUAACAUUUGGUGCAAAAGUCCUAAAACUGAUCUGAUUAGCUCAAGUAGGUGUCCUUGCAUCAACACAGAGCAAAAAUCCUGCCCCUGUUGCUAGUGUAGGAGCACCUUCCUUUGCCAGCAGCUCUUACCUUGUUGUUGUAUUGUUUUGCUGCACAAAGGUAGCCACUACAGUAGCAUGAAUAAAGUGUCUUCUGAUUCUCUUUUGUGGCAUGCUGUAGUC